AUGACAAACUGUCAGGGAGACGAGACAGUCCAAACCCUGAAAAAGGAAAAGGCUGCUAAAGCUGAUAUCGAUGCUGCUGUACAGUUGUUGCUGAAGCUCAAAGUUGACUACAAGCAGCUUCCAGCCGGGGACACCCCCCACCUCCACAACCUCGCACACCAGGCGAAGCAGGGCAAGGCUGGGUGUCCACCCUCGGAAAGCGACGUUUCAAAAAACAAUGGGCCAGCAGCAACUGCUAAUGGGGACGACAUGGUUGACCCCUGGAACGUGUCCACCACCGGCGCCAAAGGAAUGGACUACGACAAGCUGAUAGUGAGGUUUGGCAGUAGCAAGAUUGACCAGGAGCGUGGACAGAAGGCACACCGGUUUUUACGCAGAGGAAUAUUCUUCUCCUACAGAGAUAUGCACCAGGUUCUGGACGCGUAGGAGAAGAACAAGUCUUUCUACCUCUACACGGGCAGAGGACCUGCCUCAGAGGCCAUGCAUGUGGGCCACCUCAUCCCUUUCAUCUUCACAAAGUGGCUGCAGGACACGUUUGACAUCCCGCUGGUGAUCCAGCUGACGGACGAUGAGAAGUACCUGUGGAAGGACCUGUCCCUGGAGGACUGUCACCGCUACGCCGUGGAGAAUGCCAAGGACAUCAUCACCUGCGCCUUCGACGUCAACAAGACCUUCAUUUUCUCUGACCUGGACUACAUGGGAUAUUCUGCCUACUUCUACAGGAAUGUGGUGAAAAUAGAGAAGCGUGUGACUUUCAACCAGGUCAAAGGCAUCUUUGGAUUUGGCGAAAGUGACUGUAUCGGAAAGUUCGCAUUCCCAGCCAUCCAGGCCGCUCCGUCGUUCAGUAACUCUUUCCCUCAGAUCUUCAAGGGCAGAAAAGACGUCCAGUGUCUCAUUCCCUGCGCCAUAGACCAGGAUUCCUACUUCCGGAUGACCCGGGAUGUGGCCCCCAGGAUCGGCUACCCCAAGCCUGCCCUACUGCACUCAACCUUCUUCCCCGCACUGCAGGGGGCCCAGACCAAGAUGUCCGCCAGCGACGCCAACUCCUCCAUCUUCUUCCACAGACACGCUUUCUAAUACCCUGUUUACACUACCUUGCCAACCCCAAAUUCACUGUGCUUGCUCUGGUAUGUUCUUUUCACCUCGUCCUUUCCAGCAUGGUUCCAGCAAUAGUGAAUGCCUAACCAGACUGGCACAGUGCAGCUCAGCUCAGCUUAUUAGUGUCAAAGAGGUCACUUUGUGACAACUUCUGAUGUAAAUCGGGCGUUAUAGAUACACUUACCUUACUUUAUUAGUUCCACAUACAGUUAACUGAAAUGGAAAUUACACUGAAGAAAAAUAUAAACGCAACAUGUAAAGUGUUGGUCCCAUGUUUCACGAGCUGAAAUGAAAGAUUAAUGAACUUUUUCAUAGGCAUAAAAAGUGUAUUUCUCUCAAAUGAUGUACACAAAUUUGUUUACAUGCCUGUUAGUGAGCAUUUCUCCUUUGCCAAGAUAAUCCAUCCACUAGGUGUGGCAUAUCAAGAAGCUGAUUAAACGGCAUGAUCAUUACACAGACGACACUACAGUGGUGGGCUUAGGUCGGACCAGCGUUGAACACAGUUCGGCUUGUCACCAAAAGCACUCACAAACUUUUACAGAUGCACAAUCGAGAGCAUCCUGUCGGGCUGUAUCACCGCCUGGUACGGCAACUGCUCCGCCCACAACCGUAAGGCUCUCCAGAGGGUAGUGAGGUCUGCACAACACAUCACUGGGGGCAAACUACCUGCCCUCCAGGACACCUACACCACCCGAAGUCACAGGAAGGCCAUAAAGAUCAUCAAGGACAACAUCCACCCGAGCCACUGCCUGUUCACCCCGCUAUCAUCCAGAAGGCGAGGUCAGUACAGGUGCAUCAAAGCAGGGACCGAGAGACUGAAAAACAGCUUCUAUCUCAAGGCCAUCAGACUGUUAAACAGCCACCACUAACAUUGAGUGGCUGCUGCCAACAUACUGACUCAACUACAGCCACUUUAAUAAUGGAAAUGGAUGGAAAUUGAUCAAAAAUGUAUCACUAGCCACUUUAAACAAUGCCACUUAAUAUAAUGUAUAUGUAUAUACUGUACUCUAUAUCAUCUACUGCAUCUUGCCAUCUUUAUGUAAUACAUGUAUCACUAGCCACUCUAAACUAUGCACUUUUAUGUUUACAUACCCUACAUUACUCAUCUCAUAUGUAUAUACUGUACUCUAUACCAUCUACUGCAUCUUGCCUAUGCCGUUCUGUACCUUCACUCAUUCAUAUACCUUUAUGUACAUACUCUUUAUCCCUUUACACUUGUGUGUAUAAGGUAGUAGUUGUGGAAUUGUUAGGUUAGAUUACUCGUUGGUUAUUACUGCAUUGUCGGGAACUAGAAGCACAAGCAUUUCGCUACACUCGCAUUAACAUCUGCUAACCAUGUGUAUGUGACAAAUCAAAUUUGAUUUGAUGAUAAUAAUACAGUACAAUUGUUACUCAACAGGCAAGGACAUAGCGCAUCAGUGUUCCCAGUACGAUAAACACAUAAUAUGAUACAUCAUAUUAUGACUUUCUAAAGUGGAGGUGAGGUAUAUAAAUAUUAGGACGAGCAAUGUCGUAGUGGCAUUGACUAAAAAACAGUAGAAGAGAAUACAGUAUAUACAUAUGAAAUGAGAAAAGCAGUACAGUAUGUAAACAUUAUCUAAUUGACUAGUGUUCCACUAUUAAAGUGACCAGUGAUUACAUGUGUAUAUAUAUAUAUAUAUAUAGGGCACAGCCUCUAAGGUGCAGGGUUGAGUAACCGAGUGGUAGCCGGCUAGUGAUGGCUAUUUAACAAUCUGUUGGCCUCGAGAUAGAAGCUAGUUUUUCAGUCUCUCGGCCCCAGCUUUGGUGGACCUGUACUGACCUCGCCUUCUGGAUGGUAGCAGGGUGAACAGGCCGUGGCUCGGUUGGGCAAAGACACAUUUCUUCAGCCUCCUGAGGUUGAAGAGGCACUGUUCACCACACUGUCUGUGUGGGUUGACCAUUUCAAAUUGUCAGUGAUGUGUUCGCAGAGGGACUUGACAUUUUUCACCUUCUUCACUGCGGUCCCGUCGAAGUGUAUACGGGUGUGCGCCAUCUGCUGUCUCAUGAAGUCCACGAUUUGUUUUGUUGACACGUUGAGGGAGAGGUUAUAUCCCUGGUACCACUCCGCCAGGGCCCUCACCUCCUCCCUGUAGGCUGCCUUGUCAUUGUUGGUAAUUUGCCACUUAAAAAAAUUAAAUGCUUCUACACCUGCAUUGCUUGCUGUUUGGGGUUUUAGGCUGGGUUUCUGGACAGCACUUUGAGAUAUCAGCUGAUGUAAGAAGGGUUUUAUAAAUAAAUCUGAUUAUACAAUGUUU